AUGGAGUUAAUGACCUUUGAGGAUGUGACUGUGAACUUCACCCAGGAUGAGUGGGCUUUACUAGAUCCUUCCCAGAAGAAUCUCUACAAAGCUGUGAUGCAGAAAAACUGCAGGAACCCAGUCUCUGUAGAAGCCUGUGAAGAGUGUGAGAAAGGCAGUCUGUGUAGAAAGAUCUUCAGACCUUUAUAUCUUCAGCCUCCAGAUCAGACUUUAAAUUUAAGAAACAACUACAUUCAUGUGGAAGCCAUGUGUGUAAGGAAGUCCUCAUUGGCCAUUCAUUCCAAAACGCACCCCUCAGACUUUACAGUGGGCACAAACUAUAAGAAUCAGGAUCAUGUAGAGAAGCCAUAUGAAAUUCACACUGAAGAGGAACCUUAUGCAUUUUAUGGAAGAAUGCACAGUGGAGAAGAUCCUUAUGAAUGUAAAGAGUGUGGGAAGGCCUUCAUGUCCUCAAAUGCUCUUCAGGUACAUGAAAGAAUUUACACUGGUGAGAAGCCCUGUGUUUGCCAGGAAUGUGGAAAAAUAUUCUCAUGGUUUACUUCCUUUCAACUGCAUGGAAGAAUUCAUACUGGAGAGAAACCAUAUGAAUGUAGUGAAUGUAAAAGGUCCUUCACAGCCUUCAAUAGCUUUCAAAAGCAAAAGAUUUCACAGUAA